AUGGACGUGUGGGGCCCAGCCCGCGUCCGUGGUCAGGGUCAGGAGAGGUACUUCCUGAUUGUUGUUGACGACUUCUCGCGCUACACCACGGUCUUCCCCUUGCGCACCAAGGGUGACGUCCCUGAUGUCUUGAUCCCUUGGAUCCGCAGAUCUCGUCUCCAGCUUAGUGAGCGUUUCCGCUCCGACUUCCCUGUCCUGCGUCUGCACUCUGACAGAGGUGGAGAGUUUUCCUCUGGCCUCUUGGAGGCCUUCUGUCAGCAGGAGGGCAUUGAGCAGUCGUUCACGCUUCCGGCCUCUCCACAGCAGAAUGGGGUUGCUGAGCGCCGCAUUGGCUUGGUCAUGGAGGUCGCUCGUACCUCCUUGGUUCAUGCGGCUGCCCCCCACUUUCUGUGGCCGUUUGCAGUCCGAUACGCUGCGCAUCAGCUCAACCUCUGGCCCCGUGUCUCCUUGCCCGAGACUUCUCCGACACUGCGUUGGACGGGAGAGGCUGGCGAUGCGUCGCGUUUUCGGGUCUGGGGAUCCCGAGCUUUUGUCCGCGACACGUCCGCGGACAAGCUCUCCCGUCGUGCUGUCCCCUGCGUCUUCCUUGGCUUUGUCCCGGACGCCCCUGGUUGGCAGUUCUACCACCCCACCUCGCGGCGUGUCCUGGCCUCUCAGGACGUCACUUUUGACGAGUCCGUCCCCUACUACCGCCUCUUCCCCUACCGCACUGCCCCGCUCCCCCCCCCGCCUCUCUUCCUCGCUCCAGGUGCAGAGGUACCAGACCCCCUCCCCCCUCAGGGUGCCGCUCCCUCAGGUGUGUCCCAGGUAGACCCGGGUGAGCCUGUCGAGGUAGCUGUUGACUCUCGUCCUGCGUCUAGGGGUGCUGAGCCUGGGGGUGCUGAGUCUGGGGGUGCUGAGCCUGGGGGUGUUGAGCCUGGAGGUGCGGAGCCUGGGGGUGUUGAGCCUGGAGGUGCGGACCCUGGAGGUGUGGAGCCUGGAGGUGCUGAGCCUGGGGGUGCGGAGUCUGGGGGUACUGAGACUGAGCGUGCUACACCUGGAGGAGCCCUCUCCUCCCAGCAGCUGCAGGAGAGGUACCUCGAGUACUGCCGCCUCCGGAGAGGUGCUGCUGGAGCUCGUCCCGGUACUUCCCCUCCUACCCAGGAGCUCCCCCCCAUUCAGCAGAUCCGAGAGUGGUACACGCGACGCUGCAGUCUUCGGAGUGGUGCUCCUGGUGCUGCGGACCCUGGGGGUGGCACUGCUGCUGGUGCUGAGGACCCGGGCGUUGGAGCUGCUGCUGGUGCUGAGGACCCGAGCGGUGGCGCUGCUGCUGGUGCUGAGGACCCGAGUGGUGGAGCUGCUGCUGGUGCUGAGGACCCGAGCGGUGGCGCUGCUGCUGGUGCUGAGGACCCGAGCGUUGGAGCUGCUGCUGGUGCUGAGGACCCGGGCGUUGGGGCUGCUGCUGGUGCUGAGGACCCGGGCGUUGGAGCUACUGCUGGAGCUGAGGACCCGGACGGUGGAGCUGCUGCUGGUGCUGCGGAGCCGAGCGGUGGCGCUGCUGCUGGUGCUGAGGACCCGGGCGUUGGAGCUACUGCUGGAGCUGAGGACCCGGGAGUUGGAGCUGCUGCUGGUACUGAGGACCCUGCCGCUGGUGUCUCUGCUGGUUCUGGAGACGCUGCGCGGCCGCGACCGUACUUCGUACCACUUCUUCAGCAGGUUCUUGGUCAGGCUCCUCCUCCUUGUCCUCCUCCCUCCGUAGAGUGUCCUCCGCCUGUCCAGUCGCAGUCACAGUUCCCGCCUGCCUCGCCUCUCCCUGCUCCCUCUCCUUACGCUGGUCCCACAGGAGGUCUUACAGAGCGUCGUGAGCCUGAGUCUCGUCCUGCGUCGCCUGUUCGUACUGCUCGCACUGGUCGUCGUGUCCCACGUGAGCGUCCUCCUCCUGUCCCUGGCACUCACUACAUGACUCUGCGUCCCUCCACUGCUCCUCAGCGUGUCCCGCUACCGUCUCCUCCUGCUUCCUCUCUGCCUACUCUUCCUGACCCGGAGUCUGACUCCCGUCGUGCUGCCAGUCCCACUGUCACCCGUCUCCUCGCUACUGUUGUCACUGACCCUACCUUUGAGUUCUCUGCUGCGUCUGCUCUAGUCGCUGAGUUGAUAGACUUUGCUGCCCGCUGUCGUCUAGACUACGCCACUAGCCUUGUUGCUGAGUCUGAGUCUGUCUGUCCUCCGUCCGUCGGGGGUGAGUGUGCUCUUGGCACGGACGUCCUUGAGGACAGACAGGAGGAGUUCCAGUGCUUUGCUGCUGCUUUACCCCACCUCGUGUCCAUGCUAGUUGCCCCUGAGGGAGACCCGGAUGCACCAGACAUCCCGACCCCGCGCACUUACGCUGAGGCGAUGGCGGGUCCCUACUCCUCUCAGUGGCAGACAGCCAUGGACGCAGAGAUGGCUUCCUGGAAGUCCACACGCACCUACGUCGACGAGGUUCCCCCACCUGGGGCGAACAUCGUCAGUGGCAUUCAGCGAGAGGGAGUUGACUUCUUUCAGACCUUCUCCCCCACCCCGAAGAUGACCACUCUUCGGGUGCUGCUGCACAUAGCCGCUCAGCGCGACUACGAGCUUCACUCACUUGACUUCAGCACUGCUUUCUUGCAGGGCAGCCUGCACGAGGAGAUCUGGCUGCGCCGCCCUCCUGGCUUCACUGGGUCGGUUCCUCCUGGUACCCAGUGGAGGCUUCAGCGGCCAGUCUACGGUCUCCGCCAGGCACCGCGUGAGUGGCACGACACACUGAGGACGACACUUGCUUUUCUUGGGUUCGCUCCCUCUACUGCUGACCCGUCACUGUUUCUACGCACAGACACCUCACUGCCGCCCUUCUACAUCCUCGUGUACGUCGACGACUUGGUCUUUGCCACUGCUGACACCGCGGCACUCGCCCACGUGAAGUCGGAGCUGCAGAGGAGACACACGUGCACAGACCUGGGUGAACUGACAAGCUAUCUUGGCUUGCGGAUCACCCGGGACAGAGCACGGCGCACCAUCACCUUGACUCAGUCACACAUGGUGCAGCAGAUCCUUCAGCGCUUCCGCUUCACGUACUCCUCGCCUCAGUCCACUCCUCUGCCUACCGGUCACUCGCUCUCAGCUCUGCCUUCGGAUGAGUCCGUAGAGCCAAGUGGCCCGUAUCCAGAGCUUGUGGGCUGCCUCAUGUACCUGAUGACCUGCACUCUACCUGACCUUGCAUACCCUCUUAGCAUCCUUGCACGCUAUGUCGCUCCUGGCCGUCACAGGAAGGAGCACAUGGAUGCCGCUAAGAGGGUGUUGCGCUACUUGUGCAGUACGUCGGGCAUGGGGCUAGUGCUUGGAGGGCGAGACCGAGUUGUACUUACUGGACACUCAGACGCUUCUUGGGCGGACGACCAGGCUACUCAGCGGUCGUCUCAGGGUUACACCUUCAGCCUUGGCUCCGGCUCAGUUUCUUGGCGUUCUACACGCUCUUCUUUUGUUCUCAGCUCCGGUUGUGAGGCUGAGAUCUACGCCACAGCCAUGGCUGCCCAGGAGCUACGCUGGCUGACUUACCUGCUGACCGACUUGGGUGAGCAGCCUCGUUCUCCUCCAGUGCUGUACGUCGACAACCAGGCUGCCAUUGCCUUGUGUGAGGAGCACAGACUGGAGCACAGAACGAAGCACAUCGCCCUGCGGUACUUCCUUGCUCGAGAGCUGCAGCAGCGCGGUCAGCUUUGUCUGCGUUACGUGGCCACUGAGGCCAACCUUGCUGAUGUGUUCACCAAGGCGCUUCCGCCUUGUGACCAUCAGCGCUUCUGCACUCUGCUAGGCCUUGUGCCUACUGGACCUCACUUACUUACCUCUUGA